UAAAAAUAAUAUAAAUUUCAGGUAAAAGUAAACGUCGUGUCAAAGGUAAAACUCUAGAUUUGAACAGUUUUCUUGCAAAUGAACAAGAUGCUCCUAGUGGAUUUGCUGUGGUUAAUACCCAUUAUGACUGGGGAGAUGUUAUGGAAGAUGCACCUGUUGAUGAUAAAUUUACCCUUGAUUAUAAGAAAGAUUCAAGAAUAUUUUUACCAACUGCACCAAAAGCUGCUCGAGGGCCUGAUAUUGAUAUGAGCAGAAUUCCUACAAAACCACCAUUUACAGCAUAUGUAGGCAAUCUUCCAUAUGAUGUUAAUGAAGAAGAUAUUAUUAAAUUUUUCCGACAGUUAAAGGUUACAUCUGUAAGACUUCCUAGAGAGGGAGGAGGAGAGAGGGGAAGACUACGUGGGUUUGGUUAUGCAGAAUUUGCUGAUAAACAAUCACUUAUAGAAGCUCUUUCUUUAAAUAAUGAAACAUUAAAAAACAGAGCAAUUAGAGUAAAUCUUGCUGGUGAUCAUGAAAAUGAAAGAGAUCAUGAUCGUAGAGAUGACAGAUCAGAUAGAACAGCUGGAGAUUGGCGUGCUGGUGGACGAGAUGAAGGUUUUUCAAGAGACGAUAGGCAGAGAAAUGGAACAUGGUAUGAUAGAAAUGAACGAGGUGGACGAAGAAGAGAGAUGGAUUCCAGAGAUGAUUUUGAAUGGAGAAAAGAUAGAGAUAAUUAUAGCAGAAGAGAUGAUAGAGGUGGAUAUGAUAGAAGAGAGAGAGGUUUUGACCGACGUGAUUAUGGAAAUAGAGAAAGAGAUGCUCCAAAAGAACGACCAAGAUUACAGCUAAAACCCAGAUCUGUUCCUUUGGAACCAAAUCCAACAAGUGUUGGAUCAUCAGCUAUAUUUGGAGGGGCAAAACCAGUAGAUACUACUGCUAAAGAAAGAGAAAUUGAAGAAAGGUUAUCUAGACAGAAAGGAUCAACAGAACCAAGACCACGAUCUUAUUCUGAAGAUGAUCCAAAUAAUAUCAGUGUACCAGCAAAGACAUUGGAAAAUCAUGUUUCUGAAACAUCACAACCAAAAGAAACAAAAGAACAGAAAACAAAACAGAGUGGUGCAUCAAUGGCAACUGUUUUUGGAGAUGCAAAACCUGUUGAUACGGCUGCAAGAGAAAGAGAAAUAGAAGAAAGACUUGCUAAGGAAAGAGAGGAGCAAACAAGAAAAUUAAAUCCUGAUCAGGAAAGAAUUUCUGCUACGCGUCCACCUACUUCUUCACGUUCCGGAAGAUAUGAAGGAAGAUCGUCUUCAAAACAAGAUGGAGGUGAUCGAGGGCCAAGAACUGGUUCACGGGGAAGACAAGGUUACUAUGCUAGGGACAAUGCAGACAAUCGAGACAAUUCAAGUGAUAGAAGGGAAAACUAUGUUCGUCGUUCUAGCCGAGAUGAGGAUUCUGAUAGAAAAGAUUCUGAUAGAAAAUAUCAGAAUCAGUCUCGGUCUCGUGGUAGAGGAGAAAGAGCAACAUCUGGAAAUAGGGGAUCUCAAGAUCGUGACAGAGAGCAAAAUGAUUCUAAAGAGCCUGCUGUUCUUCAUUAUCAAGAAGAUAAACCUCCAGUAUAUACAUCAACUAAUAAAUUUGUACACUUAAUGCAUGAGGAUGAUGAUGUGGAUAAUGAAAGUACCUCUGAAUAAUUUUUAUAAGUGCCUACAGCAUAGUGUCAAGAAUAUUAGCAUUCUCCGAGAUCUGGAUCUAAAAGUUGACAUUUUGAUCUGCAUUGAUCCAUCGUGAGAUUAUAAAAUGCUGUCAAUUCUCCCUCCCAAAUCAUUAAUCUUUGUUUUGAUGCCAUCAACUGCAACAUUCCUUAUCAGUAGAUCAAGCAGUCAGAUAUAUCCCAUUGAUUGGUUGGGUUUAUAAGUAAGAACAGCCCAUAUUCCAUCAUUUUUUGGCAACUUUCAAUAUAUCUAGAUAAACAAUUAUGUGUAAAAUGAAAUCUGUUAUCUCCAAUAAAUACCUGAAAACAAAAAAAAGUAAACAACAGUGUUAAACAUUACUGCAAUGGUCUUAAAUACUGGAGAAGAGAGCAUGUGAUUGCUGUAGGCUGUCCACGAUGGCCAUUUCCUGAUAAUCAACAGAGCAUUCUAUGCAACUGGUAACGAGUCACCAUCAAAUCAAAUGUAAUGGGAACUUGAAAGAUUUCCCCUACUUGUUGCUUUACGUGCUCUUGUAUCUAAGAGAGUUAGUUGAAAGACAACGUAUGAUUGGUCAAAAUGAAAUUCCCCUUGAAUUUAAUUAUUAUUAAUUUUUUUGUCAUUAUUAUUUCCUUUAUGUGAGCCGUUCGAAACAUGUUUCAUAAUUUUAUAUUCCAAAAGCCGAUCGUUUGUGAAACAUAAUUUUUGUAUGUAUAUUAUUCUAGCAUCAUUAACAUGUUUUCAGCUGCUAUCAUGUUUCCAGUGGUUCACAUGAUGCAAAAUGGAAAUGUGUCGUUUAUAUAUAUAAAUAUAUAUAUGUUGUGUUUGAUCCUUUUUCAAAAACAAUCAUAUUUAAAGACUUGUUACUCAAUCUAGACACAGUCAAAAGCCAAAUUUACUUUUACAAAGUACAUUUAGACAUUUUCUGUUGCAUUUUGUCCAGUAAGUUUGAUAUAAUGAAAGAAAAUGGAUUUUUAGCCAAAGGAUUAUGAAGUAGAUAGAUAAUUUGAUGUUAACUAUCAUUCUCGUGUUCUGAUGUUUAAAAUAUUGUUAUAAUUAAUUGAAUUUUGUAUUUUUAUUGCAUAACGAAAGCGAAUCAAGUUAGCCAAGUUAUUUGUAAUUUUUUUGAAUUUACCAUAAGUGUUACAGAUUGCAAUAUAAUUAUAGAGCAACUUUUCCGAUUCUUGUUGGGUGGAUGCUCUUGCCGACACAUUUCCUAUUUUUACCUUGAACAGUGUGUUUAUGUAUAGAAUGAAUAACUGCAUCAAUUGUGCUAUUUGUCACUCUCGUGUAGUUCAGUUCUGCUUAUAUGCAACUGGUAAUUAUAUCAAGUAUGGGAAUCUGUGAUUUAUUUUCUCCUAUGCUUUUAAUAGGGGGAUGUACAAUAAAACAAAACAGUUGCUGCUUAUGUUUUGAUAUAUUUUCUCCCCUGGGUUUUACUUUCAGAUUUUUUUUGUAUUUUACACUGAUUGCUGAGUUAUGUUUGAAUGUAUAAUUAAUUUCAUCUAUGCUAUUAUUCUGCUAAUAUUGUUGAGGAUCUGCAUGUAAUUAACUACUUUGAAUUAAAAUCUAAUAUUUUCAUCAGAAAAUCAUAGUGCAGUUUGGAUUUUGAUAUGUGCAGAGGAUUGUAAAGUUAGUCUGUUAGUGUCUAGAUAUUUUUAAAAGUUCACCCCAAUAUUUAUUAAACACAUUGUUAAUCCUACUGUUUUUGAAUAAGUUUUAUCCUUAAACUAUGAUAUUCUGAAGAAAAUUGUUGUGUUAUCCUAUUUUCAGUAAUUAUUAUUAUUUUUUCAUUAUGUAAAAUGUUGGGCAUUUGUCAUUUACCAUGAUUUUAGUAGAUGUGUAAAAUUUUUUAAAAUUUUAAAAAAUAUAUAAAAAAUUAUUUUGCUUGUGAUUUUGCAGUGUGAUUAAUGAAUCAAAUUCAAUAGCAGGAUUGUUUUGACCUUUCCACGAUGCUAAUUUGUGUCCCUUUGCGUGCGCUCAACUCUCAGGUCAGUUGGUCAAUUUCCCUCUGUGGCCUAAUAGCACAUAAUAUAUAUGUUUUUGUUAAACUACUUGCACAUUUACAAAAAUAUAUAGAAAUAUUGAAUUUUAAAUUAUCGUGUAGAGAUUUAAAGUAUCGGAUUUGAAAUAUUACUUUUUUGGAGGAUCGUCACAUACCAAUAGAAUGAUGUAUCAAUGACGAUA